CCACCGCCCGUAUACAUAGCCCCUCAGGCCGUCACGCAUCCUCUCGUGCAACCUCAUCGCCCGUGCGCCAAAUGCAACAAAGCCGCAUCAAGCAAAACAAUGGAACAUUCCAAGGCCUUGCAACGUCAGCCUCUGGCACAAGAGCUCCGUUUGCUGUCAGAGUCCCCUUCACAGUCUCAUAGACGUCGCUGGCGUACAUGAAUGGAGCAGAGGAAAUGGCCAGGACGAGGACCUCUUUGAUCUCGACCAGCAGCAUGCACCUCCUGCUUCGCAUGCCUUUUCUUUGUCAAGCGGACACAAUAAGUCGGCCCAGACCCUCCAUCGUAUCCGCAUGUGCGCACCACCAUGUCUUCGGAUGCCACGUCCUUCCAUGGCCUGCCCGCGGAGCUCAUGCGGGACAUUUGCGAUUUCUUGCCACUGGACGCUUUGCUGGCACUCAAACUCACGGCUCCACGGCUUAACAGUACGAUCCGCCUGGACCCACGCCGUCGGCAGGAUGCCCUUUCGCCCUGUGCACGACGUGCAAUACACAGCUAUCUGAACCCGUCACUAUCAAAGCCCGAUCAGCAGCACUGUCGCCUCUGCAAUACCGCCUAUUCAAUGGCCAUGUUCAGCUCGUCGGCCAGCCCAGCAUGCAUUCCCAUGAAGCUCACCACUACGCCCCAUGACGUAGUCCAACUGCCAUCCAACGUCUGCUCCUGGCACUUCAAGUACCUUGGACAAGUUGACCUUUCUACGUAG